AUGGCCGUAGGAAGGAAAGACGAGCCAAUGGCUCCCGUGCACCUCUUCUCCCACGGCUCGACCAUGAUGCUGGGCGAGGAGCACGCCUCGGCCGAUUACUGGGAGCAAUGCGGCAACGAGGCUCUGGCGAACGGCAUCGAACACGUGGUCAUGAUGGGCGCACACUGGGCGACCUCGCUCCCCGGGAUCCUGAUAUCCGCCAACCCCAGCCCCGAGAAGUCGCCCGUGGCCUACGUGCACCCGUCGAAAUACAAGAACUACGCGCUGAACCCGGAUCUGGACUUCGUUCCCACGAUCCAGUCGCACCUGGCGGCGUCGGGGAUCCCAUCGUCGGCGGACCCCAAGUUCGACUGGAUCCACGACACGUACCUGAUUCUGAUCCGGAUGUUCCCGGCCGGUUGUCCGCCCACGACGCUGAUCAGCAUGAACCACACGUACGACGCGCACUUCCACGUGUCGGUGGGGGCGGCGCUGCGGCCGCUGCGGGCGCGGCGGCACAGGACGCUGUUCAUCGGGUCCGGGGGUUCGGUGCACAACCUGUACCGCAAUGUGUGGGGGCCGAUGGUGCGGCACCGGGACAACUUUGCGCAGCCGACCCCGCCGGAGCCGUGGGCGCUGGACUUCAGACAGGAGGUCAUAUCGGCGCUGUGCCCGGGCCACGAGCAGGUUGUGCCCGUGCAUGAGGCGACGUUCGGGAAGAAGAUAAGGAGCAAGAAGGGCGCUGGCGGUCCGCUGCUGAGGCGCAAGGUCACGAGUCUGAUGAAGCAUCCCAUGUACCGUGAUGCGCAUGCUACAGAUGAUCAUUUCAUGGCAACCAUGUUCAUUGCGGGACUGUGCGGCAGCAAAGAAGACGAGGAUAUGAUUGGCGAGAUGGGGGCCGAGGAUUGGGAGUUAACGAACAUGUGCAAUUCGCAGUUCACUCUUGGUUCUUGGGUAGAGACUACAUCUUGA